AUGCAUUUUGUGUUGACUUUGUUUUUAAUUUUGGUGUUUCCUUCUUUUUUUAUAGAUUAUUUGUUUAAAUUUCUGAUCAUUGGAAGUGCUGGAAGUGGGAAAAGUUGUCUUCUACAUCAUUUUAUUGAAAACAAAUUCAAAGACGAUAGUUCACACACAAUUGGUGUUGAAUUUGGAUCGCGAAUUGUCAAUGUCGGCGGAAAAUCGGUAAAAUUACAAAUAUGGGAUACUGCUGGUCAGGAACGUUUUCGUUCUGUUACACGAUCAUACUACCGCGGAGCUGCCGGAGCUUUGCUAGUAUAUGAUACAACAUCACGUGAUUCGUUCAAUGCCCUAACCAAUUGGUUAAAUGAUGCCCGAACAUUGGCCAGUCCAAAUAUUGUUAUUUUGCUGGUGGGCAAUAAAAAAGAUUUGGAAGAAGCCAGAGAUGUUACCUUUUUGGAGGCCAGCACAUUUGCCCAGGAGAAUGAACUAAUAUUCCUUGAGACAAGUGCAAAAACCGGUGAAAAUGUCGAGGAGGCCUUUUUGAAAUGUUCAAAAACAAUUUUGGCAAAAAUUGAAACCGGUGAAUUGGACCCGGAACGUAUUGGCAGUGGUAUACAGUAUGGUGGUGCGGCUCUACGAAAUCUGCAACAGACUCGUCAGCGUAGCAUUAAUAAACCAGAUUGUGGUUGUCGUGUUUAA